UGCGAACCAGUUUUGCCGGAGAAGAUGAGCUAUGAGAAGGAGCAGCCAAGGGUGGCGGCGGCCGGAGGAGACAGAAUAAAACUAACCAUCGGGGAAGCUCUAGACGCGACGGUCCAUACAGUAGGCGACAAGCCGGUGGAGCAGAGCGACGCAGCGGCAAUACAAGCGGCUGAGAUGAGGGCGACCGGCAGGCACGAGAUAACACCAGGUGGACUGGCGGCGCUAGCGCAGAAAGCGGCGGCUUACAACAAGGGAUGCGUGAGGGAGGAGGACAAGAUCAAGAUGAGUGACAUCGUAUCGGGUGCGACGGUGAGAUUGCCGGCGGAUAAGGAGGCGACACGGCAAGACGCCGUGGAAGUGGUGAGUGCAGAGCUGAGGAACAGCACUAAUGUGUCGACCACUCGGGGAGGUGUGGCGGCUUCGGUGGCCGUCGCCACCAGGCUCAAUGAGAAUCCGAACUUCCAGUAA